CUUUGACGUCGGCGGCCAUCUUGUUGUCCAGCAGGGGACCAAGAAGAAGAAGAAGGAGAAAAAGAGGAAGAGGAAGAAGAAGAAGGAGAAGAAGAAAAAGGAGAAGAGGAAGAAGAAGAAGAGGAAGAAAAAGAAGAAGGAGAAGAAGAAGAAGGAGAAGAAGAAGAAGAAGAAGGAGAAAAAGAGGAAGAGGAAGAAGAAGAAGGAGAAGAAGAAAAAGGAGAAGAGGAAGAAGAAGAAGAGGAAGAAAAAGAAGAAGGAGAAGUAGAGGAAGAGGAAGAAGAAAGAAAGAAAUAAUAAUAAUCAUCUUCCGACUCAGUUGAGCGCCAAGUCCAAGCGCGUGCACGGCCUCAGUGCAGGCGCGCCCCCCAGCGGCCGGAGCGCGCACGGCGAGGAGCAGCGAGUGCGCGCCCGGUGAGACCGCCGCUGAAGAGCAGACACGUCCGCGUGCACACUCAGACCUCGCUCAGCAUGGACUACACCACCGCAGCCAGCGCCACCAUGAGCCUCAACGAGCACGUGCAGGUGACAGCUUCUGCCAAGAUGGAGAACGGCGCCGUGGACAAGAAUGUCGCAGGCCUCAAGUCACAAACCUGUGGAAGCAAGGUGGCUGCCAGACCUCAGCCAGACGUGACCAGUGGGCAAAGCAGUCCCGGCACUCCCAAGUCCCCUUCCAGUCAGGCACUCCCUGGAAAGUCAGUGGGCGACGCCCACAAAGUAAAGAAGGUGGCGGUUGUCCGCAGUACACCCAAGUCACCAGGUUCCCUGAAGAGUCGCCCCCCGGCUCCCCUGGCUGCCGCCACCACACCUGUACCCGACUUGAAAGGCGUCAAGUCCAAGAUCGGAUCAACAGAAAACAUCAAGCACCAGCCGGGCGGCGGAAAGGUGCAUAUCCUGGACCAAAAGGUGGACUACAGCACCGUGCAGUCAAAGUGCGGCUCCAAGGCCAACCUCAAACACGUGCCCGGUGGCGGCAACGUUCAAAUCCUGGACAAGAAGAUGGACAUAACAGGGGUGCAGUCCCGGUGUGGCUCCAAGAUCAACAUGAAGCACACGCCAGGAGGCGGCAAGGUCCACAUCGUGCACAAGAAGGUGGACGUGAGCAGUGUGACGUCCAAGUGUGGAUCCAAAGACAACAUCCGUCACAAACCAGGCGGUGGUAACGUGGAGAUCAAGAAUGAGAAGCUGGAGUUCCGUGUUCAGUCCAAGGUGGGAUCUCUCAACAACAUCGGCCAUGUUCCUGGAGGCGGUCAGAGGAAGAUCGAGAGCCACAAACUGACCUUCCGUGAGAGCGCCAAGGCCCGCACUGACCACGGCGCAGAGAUCGUGUCGUUGGAGGACUCCCCCCAGCAGCUCAGCACCGUGUCUUCCUCCGGAAGUCUCAACAUGGCCGACCCCCCGCAGCUCUCCACGCUGGCCGACCAGGUGAGCGCCUCGCUGGCCCAGCAGGGUCUGUGAGCGUCGGCCUGCCUUCCUCCUCCUCCUCGUCUCCUCACUGGACUUUUUGUCAUCGCCAUCACUGUACGCCAUCCAGCUGUUAAGACGCAUCCCCGACUGUCCCUAUCAAGUCCUACUGUACGCCAUCCAGCUGUUAGACGCAUCCCCGACUGUCCCUAUCAAGUCCUACUGUACGCCAUCCAGCUGUUAGACGCAUCCCCGACUGUCCCUAUCAAGUCCUACUGUACGCCAUCCAGCUGUUAGACGCAUCCCCGACUGUCCCUAUCAAGUCCUACUGUACGCCAUCCAGCUGUUAGACGCAUCCCCGACUGUCCCUAUCAAGUCCUACUGUACGCCAUCCAGCUGUUAGACGCAUCCCCGACUGUCCCUAUCAAGUCCUACUGUACGCCAUCCAGCUGUUAGACGCAUCCCCGACUGUCCCUAUCAAGUCCUACUGUACGCCAUCCAGCUGUUAGACGCAUCCCCGACUGUCCCUAUCAAGUCCUACUGUACGCCAUCCAGCUGUUAGACGCAUCCCCGACUGUCCCUAUCAAGUCCUACUGUACGCCAUCCAGCUGUUAGACGCAUCCCCGACUGUCCCUAUCAAGUCCUACUGUGCGCCAUCCAGCUGUUAAGACGCAUCCCCGACUGUCCCUAUCAAGUCCUACUGUGCGCCAUCCAGCUGUUAGACGCAUCCCCGACUGUCCCUAUCAAGUCCUACUGUGCGCCAUCCAGCUGUUAGACGCAUCCCUGACUGUCCCUAUCAAGUCCUACUGUACGCCAUCCAGCUGUUAGACGCAUCCCCGACUGUCCCUAUCAAGUCCUACUGUACGCCAUCCAGCUGUUAGACGCAUCCCCGACUGUCCCUAUCAAGUCCUACUGUGCGCCAUCCAGCUGUUAGACGCAUCCCGCGGGCAGAAGUUGGCUCCAGUUUGUGUACACGUGUUGAAGAGCAUGUCGUCUUGGGGCACAUUUAAGGUCGCCAUGACGACAAAAAGUGUUUUUAUGGUGAAAGUUGUUUGACUUGUGUUUCGGUGCUACUUGGGUGGACGGAGAAUGCCAACUAGCGAAAGUAACCUCCCUCUCCGUCCAGCAGGGUGCAGUACUUCACCCUCGCUAGCGAAAGUAACCUCCCUCUCCGUCCAGCAGGGGGCAGUACUUCACCCUCGCUAGCGAAAGUAACCUCCCUCUCCGUCCAGCAGGGGGCAGUACUUCACCUUCGCUAGCGGAAGUAACCUCCCUCUCCGUCCAGCAGGGUGCAGUACUUCACCCUCGCUAGCGAAAGUAACCUCCCUCUCCGUCCAGCAGGGGGCGGUACCUUCCUUUGCGUUACUUCCUGUAGUAACACUGGCUAAUUGACGAGCUACCUACUGUUCCGUGUGGCACAUUUCCUUUUAUUUGAAGCAUAUUCGUCGGUCUUUCUAAAAAGCGUUUUUAACCACUGAAGUUCCCGCUCUUGCGUCACUUCCUGCAUGGGUGACAAAAGUAGUGUUUAGAAGAGAGGAGGUGCAUGCUGACUCCUGGGAACGUGACUCACCUUUUGUACACAGCGUGUUGCCAAUGUGAUUGUUGUGACUCCACUAAUGACUUGUUGCUGGAUGUUUGGAAAUAAAGGCGAAGUCACUGA